GCGAGUGAGCGCGUGGCGCGAGACGAGGCGAGACGUGCGCGGGCGCGAUUUCUCUCCCCGUGAGAGGUAGUUUAAAAAUGGCGGACGACAGGUAGACGUUUCCGUUCGCGGCUGCACGCGCGCGCGAGUGUGUAAAUAUUUCAUUCCCCUCGGAAAUCAGCGCGCUAUCUGUCACUCCGUGUCACGAUACAUCAAGUAUAUAUACAUCGGAUCGAUGGCGUAAGAUCAUGUCCUCGCGGAGGGCGCGAAACGCAAUAAUGUGGUGAAUGAAAAGAGUCCGGGUCUCACCUCGUCGCCGUCGCUCGUCACAUUCCGCUGGGCGCGAUCGAGGAGGGAGGAAGGAAAGCGGACCACCAUCGCCGCGUGUCGAACCGCGCGCUCGCAUACGUAAAUAUAUCUGUACAAAUUACAAACACCUAACAAUGGAACACUCAGAGUUAGUGGCAGAAAUGGUACACGUUGAAAGACUGACAACACAGGAACGGUUACACUUGGCACGUCAUCGUAGACUACAGCAGCUGAAAGUAUGGAGACAACGUGAGAAGGAAUGGUUGCGGCACCAAACUAGGCAUACAAGUAACAAGCGGCACAUAUACUUUAGUGAUAGUGUUAUGUUAUUAGAAGCCGCUGCGAGAAAUGAUAUUGAUGAAGUAAGGCGACUUUUGAAGAAAGGCGUAAAUCCAGACUCGACAAAUGAAGAUGGUUUGACAGCACUGCAUCAGUGUUGCAUAGACGACAAUGAAGAAAUGAUGAAGUUACUUAUUGAAUUUGGUGCUAAUGUAAAUGCGGAGGACAGUGAAAAAUGGACACCAUUACACGCCGCUGCUACAUGCGGCCAUUUACACUUAGUCAAACAUCUUAUUGCCAGGGGUGCAAAUUUACUAGCUGUUAACGCUGAUGGCAAUAUGCCGUACGACAUUUGCGAAGAUGAAAAAACAUUGGAUUGCAUCGAAGGAGAGAUGGCGAGGCGAGGAGUCACUCAAGAAUUAAUUGAUGAAACAAGAGCCUCAACGGAAGUUCAAAUGUUACGGGAUUUGCAAAAAAUUGCUUCUUUAGGAGGUGAUAUGGAAUAUAAAGAUCAUCAAGGUGCUACACCUCUUCACAUUGCAGCGGCAAAUGGCUAUUUACGAGUUGUAGAAUUUCUUCUUGAUCAACAUGUAUCGACAGAUGUAGAGGACAAUGAUAAGUGGCAACCGGUUCAUGCAGCUGCAUGUUGGGGACAUUUGGAAGUACUUGAGCUGUUGGUGCAAAAUGGAGCAGAUCUAAAUGCGAAGAAUAAACACGAUGAAACUCCCGCAGAUAUAUGCGAAGAUCCUGAAAUUAGGGAGAGAAUAGUGGAAUUGAAAACGGAGCAGGAGAGUAAACGACUUCGUGAAGCACAAGGACGAAGGGUACGCAGAUCGCAGAGCAUAAAUACAAGGACACAGAGCGUGCGUCGAACAUCCAUUCGAGAUAAGGUUCUUACUACUAAAAAAGAUGCUCAGGAGGAAGCGCGGUUUAGGUUACAAGCACAACAGACAUAUGUUAGUGCUCCUACACCUAGUAUUCCGCCAUUGGAGAAUAAUACGCAGGAAGUAGGAGACCAUGAGACUGAUUCUAGUACACUGACACCAGCGGUGCGAAAAGGUCCCGAAGGAAAGGACAACGAGUCUUUUCUUCACGAAGAUGUUGAUAAAGAUUCAGCAGUGACAGGGCACGAUUCGCCGAUCGGUAGUCAGCAGCAGUCGCCGAUUUACUCUACGGACGGCGACGCCAACGGCAAGAUCAACAUCCACGUCUCCGUCGUGUUCGUCAAGUCUCUUUCGGACCUGAAGAAGCAACGGGCCCAGAACCGGCACAUUUCUGGCGGCUCGCUGGACGCGAACGGAAACGGGAUCCCUAUGCCGGUCUCGUCCAUCUCGAACUCCGACCUCAGCACCGACGACUACACGCAACGCUUCACCGGGAACACGAGCGAGAUCGUCAGCGACAAUCACACGGAGAAGAACUGCUGCGCCGUCAUAAUUCUCUUCAACGUCUAAAGAUGUUUAAGUAUUGUACAGACUUUUACUUUUAUUUAUUGCUAAUAUUAAAAAAGAAAUGUAUAGAUUAUACACUCUUUAGAGAGAUGUAAUGUGUAUUACAUUUGUAGAGAUAUAUUGUGCUUUAGAGAUUCAAAUUUUUUUCUAGCAUCUCCAAAAACAGAUAUAUAAGACUAUAUCAAACAAACUUCCAAUGUUUUCUAUGAGAAACUCUAACUGUAAGAGGAUUAAGUGAAAACCGAUUUUUUAUAUCGAUUUAAAGAUUAUUUGUAAAUUUUGAUAUGUGGUAUUUUUAUCUAUAUUACAACUCUAUAGACUUCACCGAAAUUCUUCGUUUUGCGUUUAUAGCAAGUCACAUACAUCACUGAUUUACAACUUGCACCUGUUUUUUAGGCCUUUUAAGGCGGUUAAGUUUAAAUUUGACAUUGUUCGGAAUACAUAAGUAUGUAGAUAUUUAUGUAAAAAAAAAAAAAAAAAAAAAAAAAAAAUAU